AUGCGUGUCACUACUCUCUCUACAGCACUCUUCGCGUUGGCCUCCACCGCUGCGUCGGCGCCAACCGCUGGGAGCUCGUCUCCUGGUCUUGAAGUCAAGCUGACCCAGAUUGACAACACUCGUGUGAAGGCGGUUGUUAAGAACACCGGCAGCGAGGCAGUGUCCUUCGUCCACCUGAACUUCUUCAAGGACGCUGGCCCUGUCAAGAAGGUUGCCGUCUAUCGCGGCCAGGAUGAGGUCCAGUUCGAGGGUAUCCAGCGCCGCCUGAAGAGCAGCGGUAUCACCAAGGAGGCUGUCACCUCUCUCGGUGCCGGUGAGACCUUGGAAGAUGAGUUCGAUAUCGCCUCCACCAGCGAUCUGGCAAGCGGCGGCCCCGUUUCCAUCCGCAGCCACGGAUUCGUUCCCAUUGUCGUGGACGGCAAGAUCACUGGCUACAUCCCCUACAAGUCCAACGACCUGACCGUCAAUGUUGACGGUGGCAAGGCCGCUAAGGUCGCCAAGGUGCUGUCGCAGCUUACUCGCCGUACCGAGGUCACCGACUGCAAGGGUGACGCCGAGUCUGCGUUGACCACUGCCCUGUCCAACGCCGCCAAGCUGGCGAACCAGGCUGCCGAGGCUGCCGAGUCUGGCGACGAGUCCAAAUUUGAGGAGUACUUCAAGACCACCGACAAACAGACCCGCACGACCGUUGCUGAGCGCCUGCGCGCUGUCGCUAAGGAGGCCGGCUCCACCUCCGGCGGCUCUACCACGUACCACUGCAACGACCCCUACGGCUACUGUGAGCCGAACGUUCUGGCUUACACCUUGCCCUCGAAGAACGAGAUCGCCAACUGCGAUAUCUACUACUCGGAGCUUCCUCCCUUGGCCCAGAAGUGCCACGCCCAGGACCAGGCCACCACCACUCUUCACGAGUUCACUCACGCCCCGGGCGUCUACCAGCCUGGUACGGAUGACUUGGGUUAUGGCUAUGACGCCGCUACUCAGCUGAGCGCCCAGGAUGCGUUGAACAACGCUGACUCCUAUGCCUUGUACGCAAAUGCCAUCGAGCUCAAGUGCUAA